UCAAUUGUCAACUGAGCUAAUCAGCUAAUUUUGAAGAAGGAAAUAAGGAAAUGUGAAAGAAAUUGGGAAAUCAAUAUUCGGAAUUAUCAAAUAUUAAUUUAAAUAAUUAAAUAAAUUGGAUAACAGUAUUGCACCAUGUCUAAAUUAUUGGCAGCGGUUUUCCAGCCACUAAAGUUUAUGGGCCAGAGUUUACAAUCGUAUGCCCCUACGGUUUCAAGCAACAGUUUAGUGAGGUCGGAAUCUCCACUACUAUCAUGCAUAAGGACCAAAGUGCGUUGUUAUUUCCCACGACCAAACGAAGUUAGAAGAGUUCGUCGACAUGGCUGGAACACUAGAAUAUCAACCCCAAAUGGUCGAAGAAUUAUAAUGAGAAGACUUCUAAAAGGCAGAUUUGUACUGUCUCAUUGAUUUCUUCCGUAUGCAAAAUUUUAGAUUUAGAUUAAGGUUACAUAAAGGUAUAAAAAUAAUUUAAAAUAAAGA